AUGUUGGGGCUCGUACGGCACGCGGCUCUCUGCGCAUCCUCCGCGUUGCCAGCCGAGCAACAGCCCGAGUGUCCCUCCGCCGCGGAGCCGGCCCUAAGCGGGACUCAGCCCCGGCCGGGACGGGACGGGAGCCGCGCGCUCAGACGUGUUAGCACCGGAAGACGCGGGAAGUGUUGGAAUCCACCGGAAAAAACGAUGUCACUCCAGCGUCGAACAACACAGGGCUGUUAUUUGUAAACCAGACUGCGCAGGUCUUCUUUUCUCCUCCUUUUUUGCGCCGUUUUGAAUUUCAGAGGGGGGCGUCAGCGGAGCCGCAGUCAUGGUGGACGCGUCGGAGUGCGGCGUGAGGGUGAUGUGCCGCUUCAGGCCGCUGAACGAGGCCGAGAUCCUCCGAGGAGACCAGUACAUCCCCAAAUUCAAGGGCGACGACACCGUGCUGAUAACGGCCAAACCGUACGUGUUCGACCGCGUGCUGCCGCCCAACACCUCCCAGGAGCAGGUCUACGACCAGUGUGCCAAGCAGAUCGUUAAAGAUGUGUUGGGCGGGUACAACGGGACCAUCUUCGCCUACGGACAGACGUCGUCUGGGAAGACCCACACCAUGGAGGGCAAACUGCACGACCCCCAGCUGAUGGGCAUCAUCCCUCGGAUCGCCCACGACAUCUUUGACCACAUCUACUCCAUGGACGAGAACCUGGAGUUCCACAUCAAGGUCUCUUAUUUUGAAAUCUACCUGGACAAGAUCAGAGACCUGCUGGAUGUGUCGAAGACCAACCUGGCCGUGCAUGAAGACAAAAACCGGGUUCCCUACGUUAAGGGCUGCACUGAGCGCUUCGUGUCCAGCCCAGAGGAGGUGAUGGACGUCAUCGACGAGGGAAAAGCCAAUCGCCACGUGGCGGUGACCAACAUGAACGAGCACAGCUCCCGGAGCCACAGCAUCUUCCUCAUCAACAUCAAGCAGGAGAACGUCGAGACGGAGAAGAAGCUGUCGGGGAAGCUCUACCUGGUGGACCUGGCCGGCAGCGAGAAGGUCAGUAAGACCGGGGCGGAGGGCGCCGUCCUGGACGAGGCCAAGAACAUCAACAAGUCUCUGUCGGCGCUGGGGAACGUCAUCUCCGCUCUGGCCGAGGGAACGAAAAGCCACGUGCCGUACAGAGACAGCAAGAUGACGCGGAUCCUGCAGGACUCGCUGGGAGGAAACUGCCGCACCACCAUCAUCAUCUGCUGCUCGCCGUCCGUCUACAACGAGGCCGAGACCAAGUCCACGCUCAUGUUCGGACAGAGAGCGAAGACCAUCAAGAACACGGUCUGUGUGAACCUGGAGCUGACGGCGGAGGAGUGGAAGAAGAAGUACGAGAAGGAGAAAGAGAAGAACAAGAGCCUGAAGGCCGUCAUCCAGAAGCUGGAGGCGGAGCUAGAGCGUUGGAGGAGGGGUGAGGACGUUCCCGAGGAGGAGCAGCUGAGUGCCAAGGACCAGAAGAGCGUGGAGCCGUACGACAACACUCCCAUCAUCGACAACCUGCAGCCUGCCGGAGGAGGCGUGUCCGUGUGCGGCGAGGAGAAGCGCAAAUUCGAGGAGGACAUCGGCGACCUGUACAAGCAGCUGGACGACAAGGACGACGAGAUCAACCACUACAGUCAGCUGGGGGAGAAGCUGAAGGAGCAGAUGAUGGACCAAGAGGAGCUCCUGGCGUCGACCCGGCGCGACUACGAGAAGAUCCAGGAGGAGCUGUGCCGUCUGCAGACGGAGAACGAGCUGGCCAAGGAGGAGGUGAAGGAGGUGCUGCAGGCGCUGGAGGAGCUGGCCGUCAACUACGACCAGAAGAGCCAAAAGGUGGAGGAGCAGGAGCAGGCCAACCUGCAGCUGAGCGAGGAGCUGCAGCACAAGACGGCGCUGCUGUCGGUGGUGCAGCGGGAGCUCAGCCAGAUGCAGGAGCUCAACGGCUUGCAGAGGAAGAGGGCCGUGGAGGUGCUCAACCUGCUGCUGCGCGACCUCAGCGACAUCGGCGCCAUCAUCGGCAGCAGCGACGCCAAGUUCGCCGCCUCCUCAGAGGCCAACGGGAACGGCUCGGCCGUGGAGGAGGAGUUCACCGUGGCGCGCCUCUACAUCAGCAAGAUGAGGUCGGAGGUCAAGUCGCUGGUGAACCGCAGCAAACAGCUGGAGAGCGCUCAGGCCGACGCCCACCGCAAGAUCCAGGCCAACGAGAAGGAGCUGGCGUCCUGUCAGCUGCUCGUCUCCCAGCACCAGGCCAAGAUCAAGUCCCUGACGGACUACAUGCAGAACCUGGAGCAGAAGAAGAGGCAGCUGGAGGAGAGCCAGGACGCGCUGAGCGAGGAGCUCGCCGCCAUGCAGGCUCAGGGUAAGAGACAUGAACUGUCAGGCGAGGCCACAGAGGAUCUCUCUAAGAUGGAUCGAGGUGACGAGAUGACGAAGACUCUGGACGAGCAGCUGGAGAGCCACCGAGAGGCUCAUCAGAAGCAGCUGAGCCGCCUCCGGGACGAGAUCGAGGACAAGCAGAGGAUGCUGGACGAGCUGACGGAUCUGAACCAGGGUCUGCUGCUGGAGCAGGGGAGGCUCAUGUCGGACUUCAACAGACUGAAGGACAAGGAGCAGGAGCAGGACGCCAAGCUGCAGAAGCUCAUGGAGCUGAAUGAAGAGCAGGAGAUGGCCAGAGAGGAGCUGAAGGGUCUGGAGGAGACGGUGGCCAAAGAGCUGCAGACGCUGCACAACCUGCGCAAACUCUUCGUUCAGGACCUCACCGCUCGGGUCAAGAAGAGUGCAGAGCUCGACUGUGAGGAGGGGCUCAGCAACGUCGCCCAGAAACAGAAGAUCUCCUUCUUGGAGAACAACCUGGAGCAGCUAACGAAGGUCCACAAACAGCUGGUUCGCGACAACGCGGACCUCCGCUGUGAGCUCCCAAAGCUGGAGAAGCGUCUGCGGGUGACGGCGGAGCGAGUCAAAGCGCUGGAAAACGCCCUGAAGGAGGCCAAGGAGAACGCCAUGAGGGACCGCAAGCGCUACCAGCAGGAGGUGGACCGCAUCAAGGAGGCCGUGCGCGCCAAGAACAUGGCGAGGAGGGGGUUCUCCGCGCAGAUCGCCAAACCCAUCAGGCCGGGUCACCCCCCCGUGUCGUCCCCCAUCUGUGGUUCGGUCCGAACCGGGACCGUCCGCUCCUAAAGUCACCACAGUGAGGUGCAAGAAACUCUCCGCAUGCCCACAACAAGCCCCGCCCCCUUCCUUCUGUGGCACCAAUGGGAAGCCUCCGCCCCCUUUUCCGAUGUGUUUUACGAUCACCUCUUUUUACAUCUUGCAGAUGAAGUGGAAUGAAGUUGGUUUGAGGUGAAGACAAAACGCAGGAGCUUCUUUAGCCUUCAGUUUGGACCCGCCUCCUGAUGGACCUCCUGAUGGACCUCCUGAUGGACCUCCUGAAGGACCUCCUGACGGACCUCCUGAUGGACCUCCUGAAGGACCUCCUGAUGGACCUCCUAUAGGACCUCCUGAUGGACCUCCUGAAGGACCUCCUGAUGGACCUCCUGAUGGACCUCCUGAAGGACCUCCUAUAGGACCUCCUGAUGGACCUCCUGACGGACCUCCUGAAGGACCUCCUGAUGGACCAUAUUUCUAAGAAUUGUUUGUUUUUUUGUUUACCUGAAGGGAACGUUAGCAAAACUACUCACCAUCACCAUUUUACUUGUCCGGCAUCAGUUUGUAGAUCUCCAGUCUAGUUAAAUAGUUGUGAACAAAUCCUAUGGAAGACCAAAAAGGACAAAAUUUAAAAAAUAAACUUGUGAAACAAAAAUUCUGAAAUUAAAAAACGAAGUAUUACUCUACCUAAACAUUUAAAACAAAUAUUUAUUUUUCUUAAAUGUGUUACUUUUAGCCUUCAAGAGGAUUUGCUAACCAUAGGGUAUGUUGACUAUCUUGAUAUCCAUUCGUUAUGCAUAGCUAGCUAAUAAAAAUUAGCAUCAGUUUUUAUUGUUCCCCAAAUUUUCUCCAGGUCUACUCAAAACCUAAAUUAUUUCACUUCAGACUUAACAUGCUAGCGCUAAGUACAUUUAUUGUUGUAGAUCUACGAACACCAACUGAGGCCACGCCCACCUUCUUAUCAAAUACAGUAUUACAAAAUAUAUUGCCAAACAUCCAGACAUAUCAUUUUGUAAAAAUGUUACAAGAAGUAUUUGUCAUCUAUUAUUUACCUUUUUUAAAACUAACACAUGUAAUCCAUAUUUAUACUACUCCAUAAUUAUCUACAACAGAAAUGAUUUGCUAUCCAUAGCUAGCUCAAAAAAAAAAAUUAUCAGCACUUGUUAGAUUUUUGUCUACUUGAAGGCUAAAUUGUUUUACUUCAAACUCAAAAGAAUGUUUAUUGUUGUAGAUCCAUGAACCAACUGAAGUCCCGCCCACUUACGUAGCAUAUUUAAAAUAUCUUGCAGAAAUAUAGAUUAAAGAAAUUGCACCCAAAAUAUUUUUAUUUAUUUUUUAAUUUUUAAUUUACUUUUUUGUUUAUCUAAGUUAUAUCUACGUUUUUUUAUUUACACAUUUGUGAAAAAUAUAUUUUUGCAAAGGCAUGUUUAGUCCUACAACAUCUGCUAUCCUUAGCUAGCUUGAGAUUUCCAUAAUUGUUUUACAUUCUUGUUCUUUUUUAACAAAGAAACUAUAGUAUUUAUGAUUUUUAUUGACACAUUUGUAAAAAAGUAGUUUUUUUUAAUUAAGACAUUAUUAGUCCUCCAUAUUUAAUUGACUUUUACUGAGUUUUACCUCACAGAGAUGAUUUGCUAACAAAAGCUAGCUUCAAUUUUCCAUAUUAAUAAAAAAAAAUUGCUUUUCUUUUUACCAAGAAAUAUGUAUGUUUUUAAUUUACACAUUUGUAUUUUUUUUUUAUUAGGACAUAAUUGGUCCUCCAUACAUAUUCAACUCUUUUACCUCACAGAGAUGAUUUGCUAAUCUUAGCUAGCUCAAUUUCUGCAUAUUAAUUUUAAGUUCUUGCUUUUUUAAAGAAUUGUGUUUUUUAAUUUAUAUUUACAAAUCAUUUUUUUAUUAAGACACAAUUAGUCCUCCAUAUAUAUCAUCUGUUGCUUUUACCAUACUAACCAUAGCUAGCUAAAAAAGUUAGCUAGCUAUUAGCUAAUAAGAUUUUUGUCUCUAAAAUAUUUCUCUAGCUCUACUUGAAGGUUAAAUUAAUUGACUUAAAGCUCAACAUGCUAGCACCAAAUAUAUUUAUUAUACUAAAUCUGUGAACUGAGGCUCCACCCACUUAAUUAUCAUAUAUAUGUAUAGUGCUACCAAAAAUCUUGACGCACUUCCAGACACAUAGGACAAAAAAAGUAAAAUGUCUGUUAACUAUUUUAUUUUGUGUUAAUUUAAAUAAAUAAAAAAUAUUUUGGGUGUAAUUUAAAUUCAGUAACACAAGUUAUUUUAAUUCAGUCACGUUUAGUCCUCCAUAUUUAUGGUUUCUUGUUCAGGAUGUUGCAGGAAAUUAACAAAAUAAAAGAAAAAAUUUCACAUUAAAUGAAUUAGAAAUUCUUUUCAACUAAUAACUUUAAAGUUCAAACAUAAAUAUGUUGUUUUGUAUUUUCAUCCCUUUGGGACGCUGAUCAGCCAAUCAGACGCUCCCUGAGCCGCACCAGCUUCCUGCAGUUUCAGCCGAAUGAUUUCAGACGUUUGUGCCUUCAGCGUGCGCACACCAACGUGAAUGUGACCCGUCAUCCGUGAGAGUUCUCUGUUCUCCCUGAGCAUGAGCGCGUUUCCUCCUCUAUGUACCGACGGAGCGAGAAUGAACCAUCCCGCAUGAUGAUGCACCCUCCACACGCCAAACAGACAUGUUUGUUUACAUGAAUCCUGAGAAGUUUAAUGAGUUAUUGUUUUUUUAGAUUAAGUUUAAAAAAUGUACACUUUUAUUUUGUGGGAAAUUUUAUUUUUAAUUGUUUUAAUGUUUUAAAAAAAGAAAAAAAACAUCAGUUUUUAAGUUUGUUUUACUGCAUCUUUUAUUUUGAAAUAUUUUUUUAAUAAGCAGAUUUAUUUUAAAGAAUGUAUUUAUUUAUUUGUUGCCUUUUUUGAUGAUGUUUUCAAAGCUAGCUAAAGAAAAGUCACUACUAUGGAUGUAAAAAAAUGACAACAUACUUGUUAGUACGUAAAAAUAAAUGUAUAAAAUGAA